AUGACGACUCCAGUUACAUUAACUUUUCAAAUUGUUCCGUUCCAUAACUGUGAAAAAAGCAUACGAAAAGUUAGAAAGACACUUUUUAAGGUUGAUGAUGUUACACUAGUAUCAUUGAAUCCUAACAAUGGUGAAGUCACCAUCAGAAGUACUUCUCAAUCUGUUGAAGAAAUCAAAUUGGCUCUUGAGCGUGCAUUUCCAAGAAAACAAGUCUUUAUAUUACAAGAAAUUUUCCAUGAAGAUGAACCAUCUACUCUUCGUAGACAACAAAACCCUAAUCAAAGUACGUUUGAUCUUGGUAGUGUGGCUAGAUCAUUGCCAACUGCAUAUGAUAAUGUUGAUGGGUUACAAAAUGUGGAGAGUGACUAUAGUAGGAUCAACCAAUCAAGUGCUUUUACUUCUGCAUCUUCAUUCAACAAUACUCCUCCUACAGAACCAUCACCACAUAUUCAACAAUCAGGGAACUACUAUAGUUGGAUUUACAAAAUUGAAGAUCUAGAUGACGAUUAA